GCAGAAAGCACAAAAGCACAAAGAUCUCUUGUUAAUACUACACCAGUACUGAGUACAGUCGUACUAUUUUGUUUGAACCUGCUUGGAGAACAUUGGCCCAUCUGGCUGGCCUAGCUAAUACUACAGGUAGAUGGAAAAGAGGGGGCUGAUGCGCUGAAGCACACCUUUGCCUCGGCAAGAUUCCGGUGAAUGAAUCUGCGGAACUGUGAAAUUCAGUUUCACACUUGGGCAGCACUUUCCUUUGAACCCUUAGCUAAUGCACCUGGACACAAAGAACAAAGAAGAGCACGGCAAAGGAGCUGAUUCCUUCCAAACCAAGAUGUCCUACCAGGAAAACAAGAAGCUCUGGUCGUUGGCUGUUGGCUAGGCUGCGUGAUUUCCAAGUUCAACUUCGAUUUGACCAUCAACUCAUCAACUCAAAGCAAAAGAGCAGAGAGCUUUCAAAGUUCUCAUUGGUCUCCAAGUCUCCAAUCUCGCUUCAUCUCUCUCCCUCGCAAAGCUUCACAAUUCCUCAGACCUGCCAAUUAUCUCAGUAAUAGAAACUCUUCUUCAAAGAAACCAUGGCUGCGCUGAGAUCUUUUAUCGCCGUGGCAUCAAUCAACAACCUGGCAGUUUCCAAGGUUGUGGAAGGAAGACACGAAGAAGCCGUCGAAAUCUUCAUGGGGGCCCUUUCAGAGCUCAAAGCAGCUUUUGCGAAAGAUCCUGAGACUGACCCUCGCAGUAUGGAUGCGGCCACUGUCAAUCAAUCGGCGGCUUGGUCGAACCGUGACUUGGUGCAAUUGGGCCCCUCGUACCCUGAGUGGGAUGGAUCAUUUUCCUUUAACAACAGCCUAUUCCUUUUGCCCACUGAAUACAUGUAUCCGAAAGACAGCGUCUCCUUGGUGACAAUGGUCCUGCUCUUCAACUUGGGGAGCAUCAGGCAUCAGUUGGGUCUCGUGGUUGGGAGUUCCUUGGAACUGCAACGGGCCAUGAAGCUGUAUGAGCUGGCAUUAGCAUCCCUGGAGAAUAUUCCAGCCUGUGGCGACUGGAACUCCAUGGUUUGGCGAAUGCAGUGCUGCCUCUGCAACAACAUGGGACAUGUCUUUGAACAGAAUGGCAACUUCCAACAGAGCAGCCGCUGCCUGGAAUGGCUAAUCGAUACGCUUGACGGUAUGCAUGAUUGGUAUUCCGGCGAGGGUGAUCUGGAUUACGAUGAUCUGGAUUUCUACUACCCCUACUUUGGAAUGCCCAAGGAGCGCUGGUUCAAUAGUGCUCCUGCUGCCUAGCUACGAUAGCCACAAGCCAGAGCCAAGUUUUGCAAGAAUUUUGUUCACAUACA